UCGCCCCCUAGCGGUAGUCAGCAUUUUCUCCAAGUUAUGUGCUCCCAUGAGCACCUGAUAACCCACUGUCCCAUUCCUCUCCCAGCUUGUUUGAGCUAAAUUGCUUCCGCAGAAGGGCGGGACUGUCCCUCAAGGGUCUUGGAUAAUUGCGGUAGUGGGCAGCUCCCUCCUCGUCGGAUCAGACCUUGCUGCUGUCACAAUCGGUGCCCCAACCCGGUGGUGUAUAUGGCAUCGCAUUCGUGGAGAAGUACACUCUCAAAAAAAUAAAUGGGCGACUUCAUUGCCACCGGAUCUGCCUGUGAGAACUGUGAAAAGAUAUUCUUUACAGAGAAAAAAGAAUAAUAACGUCAGAAACUCCGAUCAACGCAGAGAAAAGAAGAGCAUCAAAUGAGUAAGUGAAGGAUCUCCAAAGACCUGACUCACCAGCUUAACCAAGGUACCACCCAACAGCUUGGCUGAAGUACACUGCAUCCCUUGCGUUCCCAGCUUGCAGUGUCAUUUCAAAAGCCAGAUAAAGGCCAAAUGAGGAAACAGGGAAAAAGAGUGCACAGCGUAGCUUUGUGAAAACCACCCUCCAUUUCAUACUGCAGCGGGGAGGUCACACCCAGGCAUCCCAAUAGCUUCUCUCCUCACAGAAAAUUAACUGGUGGAGAAAUUGAAGCUUAGAGCUUUUAGCUAAUUUCCUAAGGCCACACAGGUUCCUCUCUGUUGUUCGGAUCCUGAUUUCUGCAUUCUGACUCCUGACUCAUCGUUUCCUGCAGCUUCACUCAUUUCUGGUUUCACUGAGUUUCUUCAUUCUCCACCUUCUCAAGGUCAUGGAAGAUCUAGAAGCAGCAUUAUUUGAAGAAUUUGAGAACUACUCCUAUCCCACGGAAUAUUACUCCCCAGAGUCUGAUGUGGAAGAGAAAAUACCCCUAGGAGUGGUUCACUGGGUCUCCCUGGUGUUAUAUUGUUUAGCGUUUGUCCUGGGCAUUCCAGGGAAUGCCAUGGUCAUUUGGUUCACGGGUUUCAAGUGGAAGAAGACAGUCACCACUCUCUGGUUUCUCAAUCUAGCCAUUGCGGAUUUCAUUUUUCUUCUCUUCUUGCCCCUAUAUAUUUCCUAUGUGGCCAUGAAUUUCCAAUGGCCUUUUGGCCUCUGGUUGUGCAAGGCCAAUUCCUUCAUUGCCCAGCUGAACAUGUUUGCCAGCGUUUAUUUCCUGAUGGUGAUUAGCCUGGACCGCUAUGUGCACUUGAUCCAUCCUGUCGUAGCUCAUCGGCACCGAACCCUGAGGAACUCCCAGGUUGUCAUUGUACUCGUUUGGCUUUUGGCCGCUAUAAUGGGUGGUCCUUCCCUAUACUUCCGGGACACUGAGGAGCUGAAUAACCACACUAUUUGCUAUAAUAAUUUCCACAAGCAUGAUCCUAACAUCGCUUUGAUGAGGCACCACGUUCUGACCUGGGUGAAAUUUAUCUUUGGGUACCUCUCGCCUUUACUAACAAUGAGCAUUUGCUACUUGUGUCUCAUCUUCAAGGUGAAGAAGCGAAACAACCUGGUCUCUAAUAAGUAUUUCUGGACCAUCGUAGCUGUGGUCUUGGCCUUUUUUAUUUGCUGGACUCCUUACCACCUGUUCAGCAUUGGGGAGCUCACGAUUCACCACAGUAGCUAUUUCCACCAGGUGCUACGGGCUGGAAUCCCCCUCUCCACGGCCCUGGCAUUCCUCAAUAGUUGCUUGAAUCCCAUCCUUUAUGUCCUAAUUAGUAAGAAGUUCCAAGCACGCUUUCGAGCCUCGGUUGCUGAGAUACUGAAGUACACGCUGUGGGAAGUCAGCUGUUCUGGCACGGCGGGCGAACAGCUUAGGAACUCUGAAACCAAGAACUCGGGCCUCCUGGAAACAGCCCAGUGAAAUACUACUCUUCCACACGUCGGGAUCAGGCUUUUGUGUGGGUCCCCUGACAGAUGCCUUCAGAUGACUUGGUCCCAAGAUACAGAGCGGGCAGUAGCUUUUCGUUGUUGUUUUUGGUUAGCUCGUUGGCAUCACAUUCUUAUGUGGAUAUAACAUUGAGGAAAGAUUUUCAUUUUUUCCCUGUUACUUAACUUGUGUGUCAUUGUUGCUGAUUAUACUAUAGUGCAUUAAUCAUGGGUGUUGAGGUAAUUUCAGUUAUUAUUUUAUAAAUCUUAACAAGUGUCUCUAAGUCCUAAAUCUUAAUACUAAAUAUGUGAUUAACUCAUUUCAAAAAUAGUAAAAUAAAUUUCCUUAAGCCUUUUAAUUUUGUACAAGUAACCUGUUAGAAAAGUUCUUAAAAUGUAACGUGCACUUCUUAAUUUCAUGUAACCUUUGUAUAUACAUUUAUGAAUUAAACUAAUAGUUGAUUACAGUAAUUAGUUUAAAGCAUUUUUCCAGUUGAUCGUUAUUAAUGCUUCGUAAACUGCCCCAAAAUCUAGUUGCUUAGAAACAAAGAUUUAUUACUGUGCUAUCUCACAGCUCAGAGUCAGGAAUUCGCGCAAGCACAGAAGGGAGGCUCCUCUGUGCUUUACAAUGAAUGCCUGGAACCUCAGCUGGACUGCGGGGACCCAAAUGGCUGAGGUUCCCGGCAGCUGGGGUUGGCUGAGCAGCUCUCUGCCCUUCCGUCUUCUCUCCUCUCCUCCCCCCACUCUCCUCUCUUCUUUCUUCACACAGCUGUUCUAUCAUGGCACUUCUGGAUAGCCAGACUUCAUAUAAAACAAUUUAGGGCUCCAAGAGACCAAGGCGGACAUUUCUAGUACUGUUAAAGCUAUGCUCAACACAGACAUUGUAUCACUCCCAUAGUACCCUAUUGGUCAAAGCCAUCAUAAGCCUUUUAUUUCCAUAACAGUCUUUAUAUAGACACCAGUAUAAAACCAAUAAAGCAACCCUGGCUGGUGUGGCUCAGUGGAUGGAGUGCUGACUGUGAACCAGAAGGUCGCUGGUUCAGUUCCUGGUCAGGGCACAUGCCUGGGUUACCGGCCAGGCCCCCGUUUGUGGGCGUGUGAAGGCAUCUGACUGAUGAUUGAUGUAUCUCACACACCAGUGUUUCUCUCCCUCCCUUCCUCUCUCUCUAAAAAUAAAUAAAUAAAAUCUUUUAAAAAAAAAAGACCAAUAAAGCACACCUUUAAGUCAGGUGCACAUCUGUCACAUAUUAGACUGUAAGAAUAUUUUGACCUAUAUGCAUUAUUCCAUUUAGCAAAUAAGUGAAUAUCUAAGAGUUAUGCCAAGCUAGACAGGUAUUGUGAGGGAUGCCAAGAACCAUAAGGUACUCAUAGUUUAGAAAGUGAGAUGACAUUUGCAUAAAAACCAUCACGAAAUGAAGCAGGCUGUCCUAAGAGCCAAAGACAGCCAGGAAAAGUGCGCCUUGUUCUGAGUGCUGAGAGAUGGCAUCCCGCGGGGAGGGGAGGGAGCACAGGAAGCCUCUGUCCUGCCUUGGGGCUUCCCUGCAGUCCCGGUCCUACCUUUUGUCUCUGCUGGCACCCUCGUCUUCGUGAAGAUAAUCUCUGCUGCUCAGUGCGAUUUAAAAUAUAUGUUUAGCCUUGGUUGGUAUGGCUCAGUGGAUUGAG